CUAUAAAUAGCGGUUAAAUUGAAGAGGGCUGAUUAACACUUCAGAUUCCUAUGAGUCUUUUCUCUCUCCCAAACCGAAACAAGAUGCAAGUUCGCCUUUCCACUCAAGAAAACACCAAUCUUUCCGAUCAAUUUGCAGAAGAUUUCGCCGAAAAGUUAAAAAUGAACCCUACUGAACAGAGAGAAGAACACCCUGAACCAGACGAAGAUGAAGAUGAAGAUGAAGAUGAAGAGGAGUUUUCUUUCAUUUGUGUGAAUCCUGAUUCUCCAAUUGCAGCGGAUGAAGCCUUCUCUAACGGCCAGAUCCGGACGAUGUUUCCGAUAUUUGAUCAAAGUCUGCUCUAUGAUUACGUUAAUGAUGACGGUGAAGUAAAAACCAGCUCAUCCACGUCUCUACGACGUCCGUUGAAGAAACUUUUCGUGGAAGAGCAGUCUGAUCCGGAGGCCGAACCGGCCGGUCCGUUCUGUGAAUGGAGGUCUAGUAAAACGGUGAAGGAAGCUUCACCGGAUUCUUGCAAGAAGAGCAACUCCACAGGAUUCUCUAAACUUUGGAGGUUCCGAGAUCUCGUUGUUCGAAGUAGCAGUGAUGGUAAAGACGCGUUUGUCUUUUUGGAUAGCGGUAAGAAUUCAAGUGAAAAGGCGGAGAAAGAGAAAUCUUCAGUGAGCACAACCAAGGAUCAGAAAACGAGUGGAAAGAAUAAAAACGAAAAAGUGAAGAAGGUGAAGGCGGAACCGUUGUCGUCAAUGUACGAGAAGCAUUACUUGAAAAGAGAAGGUGAUAGACGGAAAUCGUCUUCGCCGUAUCGACAAGAUCUGGUUGGCUUUUUCACCACCGUUAAUGGCUUGAGCAAGAACGUUCAUCCAUAUUAAGCAUUCUGGAAUUUUGUUUUUUGGGGGAUAUUAUUAUUAUUUGAUUUUUACAUGUAAAUUUGUUAAUACAUAUAAGUUAGAUCUGUACUUUUUAUGGGUCAGCUGGAGAUUUUGCACUUAAAUGUAUUUAUUUAUUUUUAUGCAAUUACUCAAAUUAAUUCUAUGAAUUUUGGGGUUUUUGGUAAAAGUGAAUGUAUGACGUGUUAGACAUAAAAUAAAAAAUAAAGAAAUCCCUCAAUUUUCAUGA